ACAACUGAGCAGCGGCCGAGCUAUUUGGCUGGGCACUCGUGUAAUUAUUAAUGUUAAUAGUUAAUGUUUUAUUGAAAUAAAAGUAGUCCAACCGAACCGGAUAGUGCUUAAAGCAAUAAGCAAGCAGUGCCUCAAUUAGAAAGUAAACAGCAAAAGACACUGACUGCAAAAUGCUGUCAAACCAACGCCGACGUAGUGCAUCGCUGUUGCCGCUGCUAACCGUAGCACUGCUGGCGAUGGCAACGCAACUGCCUGGCGCCAAUGCGGCAGCCGUAAUGUCCGUUGAUCUCGGCACCGAGUGGAUGAAAGUGGGCGUUGUGUCGCCUGGCGUGCCCAUGGAAAUUGCGCUGAACCGUGAAUCCAAACGCAAAACACCUGCCAUACUUGCCUUCCGCGAUAACAUACGCACCUUCGGCGAAGACGCACAGACCAUUGGCAUUCGAGAACCUUCCGCAGCCUAUGGCUAUUUGUUGGAUCUGCUGGGCAAGACCAUAGAUAAUCCUGUGGUUGACUUGUACAGAAAACGUUUCCCAUAUUACACCAUUGUGGGUGAUAAGGAGCGCAAUACGGUUGUCUUCAAGAAGAGCGACACCGAGGAGUUUAGCGUGGAGGAGCUGAUCGCCCAGAUGCUGGUGAAGGCCAAGGAGUAUGCCCAGGAGUCGACACAACAGCAGAUUGCCGAGUGUGUGCUAACCGUGCCCGGUUACUUUGGCCAGGCGGAGCGUGAGGCGCUGCUUGUGGCCGCUCAGUUGGCCAAUCUGAAGGUGCUGCAGCUGAUCAACGACUAUGCAGCAGUUGCGCUUAACUACGGCGUCUUCCAUCGUGGAGAGAUUAACGAGACGGCGCAAUACUUUUUGUUCUACGACAUGGGCGCAUACAAGACAUCGGCGGCGGUGGUUAGCUAUCAGCUGGUGAAGGACAAGCAGACCAAGGAAACGAAUCCAGUGGUGCAGGUGCUGGGCGUCGGCUACGAUCGCACGCUCGGCGGAUUGGAGAUUCAGCUGCGUCUGCGCGACUAUUUGGCUGCCGAGUUCAAUGCGCUGAAGAAGACCAAGACAGAUGUGACCACCAGUCCACGUGCGCUGGCGAAGCUGUUCAAGGAGGCGGGUCGCUUGAAGAAUGUGCUGUCGGCCAACAACGAUCACUAUGCUCAAAUUGAGAAUCUUCUGGAGGAUCAUGACUUCAAGUUGCAAGUAACACGCGAGAAACUGGAGGAACUCUGCGCUGAUAUCUGGCCACGCGCCACCAAACCGCUGGAGGACGCGCUUGCCACCUCGAAUCUAUCGCUGGACGUCAUCAAUCAGGUGAUACUCUUUGGCGGCGGCACUCGUGUGCCACGCGUGCAGGAGACCAUUAAGCAGCUGAUCAAGCAGGAGCUGGGCAAGAAUCUAAAUGCCGACGAGUCCGCCACCAUGGGCGCUGUUUACAAGGCAGCGGAUCUGUCCACGGGCUUCAAGGUGAAGAAGUUUAUUGUCAAGGAUGCUGUCGUCUUCCCACUGCAAGUGACCUUCGAGCGUGAUCCUGGCGAUGGCGCUGCAGUCAAGCAGGUGAAACGUGCCCUAUUCGCUUCCAUGAAUCCCUAUCCACAGAAGAAGGUCAUCACCUUUAACAAGCACACCGAUGACUUUGAGUUCUUCGUAAACUAUGGCGAUCUGGAGCGUUUUAGUGCGGAGGAAGUUGCUACCAUCGGCAGUUUGAAUGUAACUCGCGUGCAGCUGCAGCGCGUCAAGGAGCUGAUGGACAGUGUCAAGUCGGAUAUUGUGGAGAAUAAGGGCAUCAAGGCUUACUUCUAUAUGGACGAUUCCGGCAUAUUCCGUUGCACGGGCGUUGAAUAUGUGUACGAUAAGCAAAAGGUCGAGGAGGAGCUGGAUGAGGACAGCACGCUGUCCAAGCUGGGCAGCACCAUAAGCAAACUCUUUGCCAAGGAGGCUGAGAAGGCCGCCAAUGGUGAUGCCAACGGUGAUGCGCCCACAACUGAGCAGGAAGCCGGCGAGGAGGCAACCAAUAGUAAGAACGAAGAGUCCGCCAAGCCGUCAGGCGAUGAUGCUGCAGCAACUGCUGCUCCUAUCGAUGGCAAGCAGGAUGCCAAGAAUGAGACCAUCAAGCUAGUCACUAUCAAGUCGCCCGUGGCGCAUAAGACAGACUUACGCUUCACUGCACCACUGAGCGGUGCCAACUAUGAUGCCUCCCAGAGCAAGUUGACGGGCAUCAAUCGCGUUGAGGAGGAGCGUGUGCGUCUGGAGUCUUCGUUCAAUGCGCUCGAAUCGCACAUUAUUGAGAUCCAGCAGAAGCUGGAGGAGAAGCCCUAUGCGGAUUGUGCGACACCAGAGGAAAAAGAGAAGCUGUUGAGCGAGUGCAGCACGCUCGCGGAGUGGCUCUACGAGGAUGUGGAGAAUCCCAAGGCGGAGAUGUAUGAGAACAAGCUGGCGGCGCUUAAGAAACUGUCGAAUGUUUUCCUAGCGCGUCACUGGGAGCAUGAGGAGCGUCCUGAUGCCACUAAGGCGCUUAGGGGCAUGAUUGACGGCGCUGAAAAGUUCCUGACCACUGCCCAGAACCUUACAAAGGAAGCAAAUCCAGAGAAGGAUGUCUUCACCCAGGUGGAGAUCGAUACGCUGGUCAAGGUGAUUGAUGAGACACACACCUGGCUUAAGACUGAGAGCGCCGCACAGAAGAAACUUAGCCGCAGUGCAGAUGUCCGACUGACUGUUAAGGACAUCACCGACAAAAUGUCGCUCUUGGAUCGUGAGGUUAAAUAUUUAGUCAACAAGAUUAAAAUCUGGAAGCCAAAAGUAAAGCCAGACAAGGAGAAGAAGCCGAAAGAGACUGAAUCAGUGCCCGCCGGCGGUGAGGAAGAAGUGCCUCUGGCCAGCGGCAGUGGAGAUGACGCUGCUGCUGCUGCUAGCGAGGCGCAGGCAGAAGCACCAAAUACAGGAAAGAAGCCAGCAACUGGGGAGGGUGAACCAGAGGUGACAGCCACGCCUGAUGUCGAUGGCAAGACUCCACAUGGUGAACUCUAAGUAAUACGAACAUCACAAUAAUGGGUGAAAAACAGAGGAGAAGCAUUAUAGAAAGAGAGAACACAUGGAGAACGUUUAAAUUGCAAGGGGAGUAUAAUAUUUAAAGGGGGAAGUGCGCGUUAGAGUGUGUUGGUCCCCAAGGAUCAUUUGAAAGAGACAGAGAGAGAGAGAGAGAGAGAGAGAGAAAGUACGUGUAGCGGGGCUGUCAGCGGGAUGGACAGGGAGGGGCUGUGAUUUGUGGGCCAGAGCAUUCCGUGCACAAAACGGCGUUCAAUGUAUUUUACUUAUUUU